UUUUGGUGGUGCAAUUGAUUUUCAAUUCCGUUUGUUAAUGAAUGAAAGUCGAUGGAGGAGCUGCCCCCUUCGCUGGUGAUCGAAAUUCUGAGUCGACUAACGGACACGACCGAUCUGGCACGUUGCAGGGUCGUGUCCAAGACCUUAAACGCCUCCUCCUAUGAUGUCCGGUCGGUGACACUCGUGUGUUCCAUGUCUCGUUACCUCAAGUCUCGCUCUCCGGAGACCAAGCACCUCGUCACCCCCUUCAAGAUCGUGUUCAAGGAACUCGUCCGCCGCACAACGCACCUCGACUCCGUCUCUAUCGGCGUCGACCGCUCUCUCGGCGGCAUCUCCUUCGACGACGUUGAGGACGAGUCCGAUGAUCUCUAUCUCACAGAUUUCAACUUCGUCAAAGACUGGCUUCCUUCAAUUUCCCAUGGUUUGAAAUCCUUAUCCGUUUCCGAUUUCUGGGUUCAAUCUUGUUGGCGGCGAUCCGAAGCCUUGUCCUUGAUCUCUUCCACCUGCCAUGUUCUUGCGAAAUUAGUGGUGAGGAAUGCUUGGUUAUCGGUGGAUGGUUUGAAUUCAAUGCCAACGCUCACCAAUUUGACCCUUGAGUUUGUAAGGUUGGAUGAUGAGGACCUGAGCAAGAUCAAUACUUGUUUCCCUAAUCUGACACAACUCAAUCUUAUUGGAGUUGGAGGACUUAAAGAGCCUAAGAUUAAUCUUUUACGCCUCACAACUUGUCAAUGGUCAGUCUCAAAUGCUCCUCUUUCUUUGAUCAUAUGUGCACCUUGCCUUGUUGAUUUCCAUCUCAAAUGCAUCAAGCCUAGAUUGAUUGUCCUUGAAGCCCCAUCCUUGUCUACUUUCAAUCUCUCUCUUGAGAAUACAGAUGAACUCAAAUUGAUAAAUUGUAGUAAUAUACAAUGCCUUCAGCUUAAUGUAGAGUCCCCCUCUCUUGCUUUGCUGUUAAGCAUGUUUCGCCAUUGCAACACGGUCAAGAGGCUUACAUUUGAUUCGGUCAGAAGAGGACAAGUUGAAGUAACUGAGUUUGGCCUUCAUACAUUGUUGGAUUCUUUCCCAAAUAUAAACUAUCUUAAUUUAGGUCCUGGUGCUUGGUAUGUAAUGGAGAAUUCUUUCUGCCGGGGAGGUUUGGAAGAUGGGAUUGGGAUGAAGACACUAAAAGAAUUUGUUGCGCAUCUUGUGGUCCUCGAAAUUGAGUUUACUCUAGCGUUUAUUUCAUCCGUUUUGGAUAAUUGCCCGAAAUUGUCAGAUGUUUCUCUGCUUAUCCACCGUGAUGUUGAUUCUUAUGUUGCUGGCAACCUCAUCUCAGCAUGCAGAAGCAAAUUCCAAAGAGUUAGAUGGAGAUGGGGAAUAUGGAAAGAAGGAAUCAAGGAUACUUGGGUCUCUGAUGCUAUCUAGUUUAGCCACUGCUUUGUCUAAGAAAAGGGAGAGUCAUCUUUGAUUUGCUGUAUUGUAGGUCUACCCUAUUUAGAAAUAGACAUAUGGUGUUAGGACAGAUUUUAAAUAAAUUUUACAUGAGGAGCUCGAAGAAGUAAGAAUAAGCAUCGGAUAUUUAGCAACUCAAUUUCUUUCCAAACUGUAUUGGCAAGCUAGUGGGAGUUGGAAGAAAAUACAUGAGGGAUCAGAAAGAGGAGAAUGAACUAUGAUGUUAUCAGUAUCAAGAAAAGUUUUUCCGAACUGUAUUGGCAAAGUAGAUGAAGUUAGAAGAAGCCAGAUGAUUCAUCAGAAGUGGCAUUCUUGCGUGGAUUGGUCAUUGGUGUAUUAUGAACUAUGAAUCAGCAUUGCAAAAUAUCAUGAUAAUGGUAAACUGUCUGGAAGACCCCCACCUUGUGGAUAGAUCUUUUAUUUUUAUUUUUAUUUUUUUCAUCACGUUUCUUUGUAUAAAUCUUUGUCCUGCUCACUUUUUUUGAACAUAUGUAUAUUAUCGGAUUAUUCAUCCUUAUCGUUCAUUCACAUGUAUAUUUGGUAAUGUAUUAGAAUAAAAUUCUGUAUUUUAUGAA